UAGAGCUAUUCAUGUAUUCUCAAUUUACUGUUUUUUUCUAUAUAUCCAUUUAAAUUUUAUAUAUACAUACACAUACAUAUAUAAAUAAUGAAAUACAUCGUUGAAAUAUUAGGUUAUUUAGUAGUUACAUAUAUAAUAAUUCUCACAUUAAAACAAUGUAAAUCGGAGAUAAUGAAAUCGCAAUCUAUUUUCGAUAUAAAUAUGACUACGAAUAUUAAUCGUGAAAUUAUUAACCAUAAUAAAAAUAACAAUGAUUUUGUACCUUAUCAAGGAGAACGUUUCGAUAUUUUUGAUUGGACAUUUUUCAAAAGUAUAAGCAAGAAAUAUUCUAAAAACGUUAUUCUUUCGCCUAUAUCUUUAAAAAUUGCAUUAGUAUUAUUAUAUGAAGGAGCUCAAGGUGAAACUGCAUAUGAACUUGCUGAUAUAUUGCAAUUGCCCGUUACCCGAAAUGCUACACGAAAAAAGUUUUCUAAUAUUUUACAAUCACUUCAGACUAAUUUUACAGCAUAUACUUUAAAUAUUGGUACGCGAAUUUAUAUUGAUUCGAAUAUUUUGGUUAGACAACAAUAUGAAGCCAAUGUAAAAAUCUUUUAUAACACCGAUGUGAUCAUUGCGAAUUUAUCUAAUGCACAGCCAUUAGUUAAGAUGAUUAAUAAUUGGGUCAGUAAUGUUACUAAUGCUAAUAUUGAUCGAAUAAUAGAAGAUGAUAAUAGUGUGAAAAAUUCUUUGAUGUUGAUUGUGAAUACUCUUUUCUUCAAAGGAUUAUGGCGUGGAAAAUAUUUUUCUCCAGAAAAUACAAAAAAUGGCAAAUUUCAUUUAAUUGAUAAUCGAACUGUAGAUAUACCUAUUAUGCAUGCUUACGGACGAUUUUAUUAUAUCGAAUCUUCUGACUUGGACGCCAAAAUUUUAAGAAUUCCAUAUGAUGGACAAUUUGCUAUAUAUUUGUUAUUACCACGCAUAUUAAACGGAAUUGAUCAACUCAUCAAUAAAAUUAAUCCUUUUGUAUUAACACGAUACAUAUGGCUAAUACAAGAUUUACCUGUUGACGUCUUAAUUCCUAAAUUCAAGUUUGAUUUUUCUAGUCACUUAGAACCCAUUCUACGUGAGCUUGGUAUUCGCGAUAUUUUUGAUGAUACUGCAACGUUAACUGGUAUAGCUCAAACAAAACGAACUUCAAAACGUCUUAAGGUUUCAAAUAUUUUACAAAAAGCUGGAAUCGAAAUAAAUGAGAAUGGAACUAUAGCUUAUGUAGCUACCGAAAUUGAAAUUGGAAAUAAAAACAAGGAUGAAAUAUUUCAUGCUAAUCAUCCGUUUUUAUUUUAUAUUGAAGACGAGUCCAUUGGAACAAUUAUUUAUAUCGGCAAAAUUAUGAAUCCUCUGGACACAAUGGAUAAUAUAAAAAUAAAAUAAAAAUAAAUUACUA